AUGGUGGUGAAAGUGUACAUGUCCGGCAUAUCGGGUAACAAAGAGGUGAAGAAACGACAACAGAGAGUCACCAUGAUAUUGGACAGCAAGAGCAUAACAUACGACCUGGUGGACAUCACCGAACCAGGGAAAGAAGACGAGAAGGCUUACAUGCAGACCAACAGCAAGACCAAGGACGGUUCAAAAAAUGCUUUGCCGCCACAGAUAUUCAACGACGAUGUUUAUUGCGGGGACUAUGAUGAUUUUGACACGGCUAAUGAAUUGGAUGAGUUGGACAAAUUUUUUGAUAUUUCUACUAAAAGUCCUCCUAAAGAAUUAAAUGGCUCAACUACUGUGGAAGAUGUUAAAGUUGAAAGUACAAAUGAAGACAAUGAUACAAAUGAUGGAACUGUAAAUGAAAAAGUAAAUGAAGAACAACAAGAACCUUUGACUUCUGAUGAUGAAGAUAGUGAUAAUGAAUCGCUUGACACACAGAACAAAUUGAAAGAGACAACAGUAAGUCCAAAUUCCGUCCCACUUCCAGAUGACACAAAUGUAUUAUUGGAUGUCCCAGAAACUAAAAAAGAAUUGUUAUCAGAAACCGAAGAAGAAAUUGAAGAGUGA